CCACCUGUUUUUUCGGUAGGGUUGAUAUCGGGGCCAAAAUCUCUCAGAUUUUUCUUGAACUAGCAGUAGAAGAAAACUCAAAUUUACUAGUCUAGCUUUGUUCAAUAGUUUCGAAAUUAGAAUCAAAAUUUCUGACUUGACAACGUACGCGGUGCCGGUACUACUACUUACUAAAUUAAACAGCUAUGCUCAGAAUUGAGACUCAUCAGGAAGACAAAGAGAACAAGGAAAGAAAGGAGGAGAAUAGUAUGUCAAUGGGUGGUGGUGGUGUACUAACGAGACAAACAUCGAAAGGAGCAAAGAUCAAUUGUCUAUGCUCGCCAACUACACAUGCUGGUUCAUUUCGUUGCAGAUUUCACCGUGCACACAACAGUACUAAUGCAAGUUUUCAACGUAUUAAAAGCAUUGAUACUCCAACGAUUCUCCGCGAGUCACCUCCGGCUCCCAAGGCUACAAAUGAACAUGAAAUUGAACUUCCCAUGAACAGAAACUAGUUCAUAAUGAUUUUCUAUAUGUAUGUACAACCUCUCUUUCUAUUUCUAGCAAGUGAAAGCUAUGUGUUGAUUUUGUUUGUGAAAGUACUGAAUCUGUGAAUAACUGGGUCUUGAAUCUCUUAAACAUAUCAAUCGCUCUCAUGAAUCCAGAACAGGUUAUUGAUAUAGUUGAAGUUCUGGAUCUUUUGGUUAGGUGAUCUUGGCAUAUCCGAAGAAGGUUUUACUGUACUGCAUCACUGGAAAUUUCUAGAUAAUUCCAUAUGCAUUCGAUGCUAGUUGUUUAGCACAAGGUAGAAAACUAUGUGCCCUGACCA